AUGGGGAAAAUGCGAGAUUUGAAUGGAUACGUGCGGAUGACUAUAGACAAGCUGCCAGGGAUAAGAGGAGAUCUUGUGCGAACGGACGAUUCUUGGCGAGAGUGGAAUUUCCCAAAGUUAGUGGGUGAACUCCGCAAAUGGACAGAAAGAAACCCGAUUCAGUCUAAGCAAAGUGACAAGCCCUGGCGUGACAAGAAUUUUAAAGUCCAACAGCAGACUGAUGGCAGAAACCGGGGAUGCGUUUAUUGUGAAAACCAUGAUCACAAAUCGGUUGACUGCAAAACGGUUGCAACUGUCGACGAUCGCAGGAAAGUACUCAGCAACAAACGCCUCUGUUUCAACUGCACCGGAAGCAAACACAGAGCUGACGAUUUCAAGAGCCGUUCCUUGUGCCAGAUUUGUCACAGAAGGCACCACACCUCCAUCUGCAACAGCAGAAUCAGUAACCAGUUAAUGACAACUACUUCAAUGGAAAGACCAACUGUGAUCUAUCCGGUCGUCGUAGUGGAAGUGCUGGGAGUCAAGUGUCGUGCGUUGAUAGACACCGGUGCCGGAAGCUCGUGCGCUUCAGCAACGUUACUUCAUCGCUUAAAGAUCCGUCCUCAUCAACGAGAAGUACGACAGAUUGAAAUAAUGAUGGGAGUGGUUACUAAGCCUGUGGAAAUUUUCAAGGUCCAGAUAAGUUCCCUGAAUGGCGAUUUCCUCCUCGAAACGGACGUAACCAUGGUAAACAGGAAACAGCUUUUAUCCAUGGAAAACCCUCCCUACCAGCAGGUCCUGAAAAGGUACGAUCAUUUCAAGAGAGUGAAAAUGGACGAUAUGGACACAAAGGAUUUCCUUCCAGUGCACCUUAUCUUGGGGGUAUGCGACUAUACUAAGAUAAAGACUGAAACCGCACCUCUUAUCGGAGCCGCAAACGAGCCUAUCGCCGAGAAAACGAGAUUUGGAUGGACCAUUAUUUCGCCAGGCAAAGAAGUGGAUCUGUCUCCAAUGUUCCUGACACAAACAUCGACGGCAGAUUACGACAACUUGUGCAGAAUGGACGUACUUGGACUCGCGGAUUGUGCAACUGGUGACCAAGACGAGGUAUAUUCAGAGUUCAAAGAGCAACUUAGACGAGGCGAAGAGGGUUGGUACGAAACUAGCCUUCCAAGGAAGGGGAACCACCCACCUCUGCCAAGCAACGAAGCAGGAAGUCUUCGCAGGUUACCUGGCCUCGUAAAGAAGCUACGCAGUCAAGGAAUGAUCGAGCGUUACGAUCAAGUGAUCCAAGACCAAAUCAAGGCUGGGAUCGUCGAGAGAGUUAGUAGACCUUCAACUGGGCAACACGAGUUUUACAUUCCUCACAAGGCAGUGGUACGCGACACAGCCGAAACCACCAAGCUUCGAGUAGUUUAUGACGCUUCAGCACGGGCCCACUCUGGUGCACCCUCGCUAAAUGAAUGUCUGAAUCCUGGUCCACCUCUUCAGAACAAGCUCUGGAGUGUCCUAGUUCGUUCUCGAUUUCAUCCAGUUACAGUCGCAGGAGACAUCAAGCAAGCUUUCCUCCAAGUCUGUAUUAAAGAGCAAGACCGCGAUGCGCUAAGAUUUCAUUUGUUGAAGGAACCAAGCAAUCAAAUUGUGGAAACGAUGAGGUCUACUAGAGCCCUUUUUGGCCUCACAUCGUCGCCCUUCCUGCUUGGAGGCGUAAUUCAACACCUGUUGGAGAGUUGCAGACAAAACUACCCGAACAUUGUCGGCGAGAUCGAAAGAAGUUUAUACCUAGACGACCUUAUCAGCGGCGGCCCUACAAGUGAAAAGGCAAAAGAAAUCAAAUCAACUUCUCAGAUUGUAUUCACCAAGGGCACCUGCGAGUUGCAUAAAUGGCAUUCGAACGUGAAAGAGCUGGAAUGA